CCAUGUGUGCGCUCUAGUUGGCUCCGGCAGGCCCAGCGGAGCUUCUUGAGAUCUGCAACUUUAGUGUCCGAAUCCUACAGCUGCCCUGUCCGCAGGCUCCCGCAUCUCCCGGCUGGCGCCGCAGCCAUGGGCAAGAGCAAGAACAAACGCUUCAGACGGCCUCCGUUCUCCCCCACGGGUGAAUGUGAGGCAGCGGAGAACGACGAGGCUGGACUGGACGACUCACCGGCGGUGGAGCUCCUCGAGAAGCUCCAGCAUCCGAGCGCCGAGGUCCGCGAGUGCGCCUGUGCGGGGUUGGCGCGGCUGGCGCAGCAGCAGCCCUCCAUCUCGGCCCUGACCCGCAGGGAUGCUGUCCGGCAGCUUGGGCCGCUGCUGCUCGACCCCAGCCUGGCCGUGCGGGAGACGGCGGCGGGCGCGCUGCGAAAUCUCAGUGCUUGUGGAGGUUUUGAAGUUUGUGAUGAUAUGGUUACUAAGGACAUCAUGACACCACUUGUUGCACUCUUAAAAGAGUGUAGCAUUGGAUUAGAUUCCAGUGAAAUCUCUUUGAAGAAAAACAAAGAGCUGAAUAAAAAUUACGUGGAAGACAUAGCUAAUGAGGCUGUGAAUGUGCUAUGGAAUAUAUGUGAAUGCAGUAGUAGAGCAGUAUCUAUAUUCAACAAAGAAGGGUGCUUGGAGAUUGUAUUAAAGUAUUUAAGUAGGUUUUCCACCAAUGUUGACCUGGCUAUUUCAGUAGCGUUUUGUUUACAAGCAGUGACAGAGGAUAACCCAGAGCUCUUAAAAUCUUUUAAUGCUCCAGCUCUGCAGGUGCUAGAAUCGGCAAUGUUCUCACCCACCUCUUCUAUGGAAUACACUCUUCUGAAAACAUUAGUGGCAGGGACUGUGUGGAAUGUAAAGGAUGUUCUUCCAUCCAAGAGUCAAGCAGAUACCAUAAAUGCACUCCUGAAGAUUUUCUCUGAUGUUUUAGAAAUGGAUGUUGGGGAGGUGGUUAUUCAAAUGAAGGAAGCUGAAACUCAAAGGUUAAAUGCUGCUACAGAGACUGAGACUGAGGAGACAGAUGAAAUGAAUGGUGAUACUUUGAAUGAAGAUGAUGAAAUGGAAGAAGUUCCCCACAAAAGAAAAGUCAGAAGGAAAACUUUCAUUUCAGAUCUACUUCCACCAACUGAAAAGGAAUUGAAACAGACAUUAGCCUUACUCACAGCUCAGCAGAUUGCCCUAGAGAUUAUUGUCAACAUGUGCUGCAGCGAUGAUCCUUCUGAUGAUGAAUGGGAUGAGUAUUCUAGCAGUGAUGAAAGUGAUGCAUUUAUGGAUAAUUCCUUUAAUGAACUCAGUGGACAACUAAUGUCCCCACUCUGCCUUUCUGCUGAGGUUCAUACUGCUCUUACAAACUACCUCAUUCCCAAGAAGGUUUUCGAGAAAAUUACCUUUCCAAACAGUAUGGCAGUUGACAUCUGUUCCAGGAAUCCUACUUGGAAGCCAUUAAUUAGAAAGAUGAACACUAUCCAGUGUAGGGCACUUGUGUGCCUCCACAGUAUCUUAUCUGUUUUAGAUGUGGACUGUCUUGGAGGAGCCCCAGCACUUCAGACACUUGCACAGCACCUGUCACAGCUUAUUUUUUCUCAGCCAGAUUUUAUCAAACACACAGAAUUCCUAGAAGCCAUAAGCAGUGCUUUAAGGACUCUGUUGCAGAUAAUGGCAUCCAAGAACAUUUCUCAGUGCAUGACUCCCGAGCAGCUGAUGUCAUUAUGUGAAGCUGGGAUUCAUAGCAGUAAUGUUGGUAUUAGGGUAAAUGUUGUUAGUAUUUUAGGAAUCACAGGCUGUGUCCUAGCCAAAGAAGAUGGUACACUUGAAACACUGAAGACUAUUGGAAAAUUUCUUCUUGAAGUGGCCACCAAAGAUUCUUCUCUUGUUGUAGCUGGAGAAACUCUAGAUGCCAUCUUUGAUGUUUUUGCAGAUGGUAAAGAAGCGGAAAAGGCAGCAGUUGAGAUCAAAUUAUUAUCUGCCCUAAAAGAAUUCCAGCCAGUUUUCAAAAUGAAGCUUCGAAAAGAAGGAAGAGGAAAAUAUAGUACAGAUCAACUCUGUGUUCUUGACAAUGUGAAAAUGAACUUGAGAAGAUUUAUUGCUUAUCAGGAGACAAUAGAGAAAAGACUUACUUCUUGAACUACCAGAGAACUGAUUCUUUAAUUCAUUUUAAUUGCCACAAAAUGUUUCCUGUUGCAAAACUGAGACCUUUACUUUAUCUCAAAUGUCACAUAUAUUUUAGAAUAUAUUCAGUUUUUAAAAAUUAACUGCAUGUUUGCAGUCCUUAAAUAUUUUUAAAUGGCAGGAAUAUGUAUUUAAUGCCUUUGGUAAGUUCUGCACAGUUUGAUAUUGUACUUUAAAAUAUUUUGUUGUGGGUAGUCAUUAUUUCACAGGAAAAGUAUUUUAAAGGAAUUGGAUAGUUUUUAACUAAACUGUGAGAAUGGAGAAACCACUAAGUGAUCAUGUUUAAAUGAAUUUUGCAAAAUGGAUCCUCUCAACAGCAGUAUUUAUGGUAGGAAGUUAAUAUCAUUUCCUAAAUCUUUAAAAUAGAAACCCAUAGAAGAGCAAAUUAUUGCCUGAGCCAUCCCAGUUGUGUUCACCUUUUCUGAAUUUGAGAUCUGAUUCAAUUUGGAGUUUACAAUUAAAUAAGUUAAUAGUACUGUAUGCAGUAAUUGUGAGAAUUUGAUAAGGAAUCUAAUCAAAGUUAUAUUAUUAACAUCACCCCUUCAAUUCACUGUUUAGGAAAUAGAGGAGGGGGGUGUAAUUUUUUGUUUUGGGAAAAACUUGAUAUUGAAACUAAACAGAUAUCUAAUGACUGGAUGUUUCAGGCUUUGAAUAAUUUGAACUUUGAAUAUCUACUCAUUAAUGUAUAUAGCAUUUUUUAAAGAUACAUAAGGUAUGUAGUAGAGCUUCUCAGCCUUUUUUUUCUGAAGAGUACCAACUUUCUCUUGUGUCCUGUUUGAGACUAGAGAAUAGGAAGAAGAGGAUUUACAGUUGCUGGGUAGUGAGAUGUGCAGAGAGAGGACUGGCUGCUAACAGAUGGCCAUUCUCCUCUGGUGGACAAAGAAGGGCAUGGUAGCAACAUCUCUUUUAGAGAUAAGUGUUUAUCUCAAUAUGCUGUCCAUUAUCACUUCCCAAUAGAUUAACUAUGUUUGAACAGUUAAGAUUUAAUUUUUAUUAGCUAGUUUUAUAGCUUUGUAAAAUUAGCUCCUGGUGAUUUCUAUAUUUCAUUUAUACUAUUUCUUCUUUUUUGUUGUUUUGUUUUGUUUUUGUUUUUUGGCUAGGCAGUGGGGUUAAGUGACUUGCCCAG